UUUCGUGUUCACACACAGCAACUGGUGGUAACUAAAAAUAGUGUGCUGUGCCACCGGCUAGGAAUCUGGUCACAUUGGGCUCACGGACAAUGUGCACGAAUAAGAUUUAGGAUCCCUGGUUGGGUUUCUUGCCUCCAGCCCACUCAUCAGCUAGUUUGCUGCCAUUUGCAAGCUGUUGAAAAGCCAUUAACAGGCAGGACCAGGCGAGCCGCACUGCAGCACCUCUGUGCGGGCAGAAUGUGGCUGCGUGUGCGCACCAAUUAGAGCGGACGAUCCCCGGGACUGUGGCACUCGGAGCCCUGUCAAUCAUUGGCGCUACAAUAGCACGUGCAGCAGUGGUGGCCCCAGAUCCACCCGGGAGGGGCUUCUCCGAACUCCAGCUGCGGCAUGCGAAUGAGUUUGAAGCUUUCUGCAGGAUCAAGGAACAGAGCCUCGGUUCGAUAAUCCAUCCCGGGGUAAACUGUUACCUGAGGAAGGGCUCUGAAUAAUGCAUUGCCUGGGGACUCCAGUUGUAGCCGAAGACAAUGCUGGAACCCGGAGCGAGAUUGCUGUCUGAGCUGGAAAGAUGUCUCACUAUCAUUUUAUCAAGUGCUGUUGCUUUCAGCUAUGUAACGUGUUUCGAACCCAUGAGAUGGAAAUUGACCAGUGCCUGCUGGAGUCCCUUCCCCUCGGCCAACGGCAGCGGCUGGUGAAACGCAUGCGCUGUGAGCAGAUCAAAGCCUACUAUGAAAGAGAGAAGGCUUUUCAGAAGCAGGAAGGGUUCCUGAAAAAGCUGAAGCAUGGGAAGAAUCAAAAAGUUCAUUUUAACCUCGCUGACAUGAUACAGGAUGCAAUUAUCCACCACGAUGACAAAGAAGCGCUCCGGCUCCUGAAGGAGGGCGCGGAUCCGCACACCCCCGUUUCCUCAGGAGGGUCCCUGCUCCAUCUGUGUGCUCGGUAUGAUAAUGCCUUCAUUGCAGAGAUCCUGAUUGACAGAGGGGUCAAUGUCAACCACCAGGAUGAAGACUUUUGGACACCAAUGCACAUCGCCUGUGCUUGUGAUAACCCUGACAUCGUCCUGCUGCUUAUAUUAGCUGGAGCCAAUGUCCUUCUCCAGGAUGUUAAUGGAAAUAUCCCCUUGGAUUAUGCCAUGGAAGGGACAGAAUCUAGUUCCAUCCUGUUGACCUAUCUGGAUGAAAAUGGCGUGGACCUGACCUCACUGUGCCAGCUGAAGGUGCAGAGACCCGUGAGCAUGCUAACAGAUGUCAAACACUUCUUGUCCGAUGGUGGAAAUGUCAAUGAGAAAAAUGAUGAUGGGGUGACGCUGUUACAUAUGGCGUGUGCCAGUGGCUACAAGGAAGUGGUGUCUCUUCUCCUUGAACAUGGCGGGGACCUCAAUAUAGUAGACAAUCAGUACUGGACCCCGCUCCAUUUGGCAGCAAAGUAUGGCCAGACAAACCUGGUGAAACUUCUUCUGAUGCAUCAGGCGAAUCCAAACCUUCUGAACUGCAAUGAAGAGAAGGCCUCAGAUAUUGCUGCCUCUGAGUUUAUUGAGGAAAUGCUGCUGAAAGCUGAAAUCGCCUGGGAAGAAAGGGUUAAAGAACGUUUAUCUGUUCCUGCCUUGGCCUCUGAGGAGCCAUAUGAGGAGAUUCUCCACGACCUUCCAGCACUUUCCAGCAAGCUCAGUCCCCUGGUGUUGCCGAUUGCCAAGCAAGACAGUAUGUUGGAAAAAGACAUUAUGUUCAAAGAUGCAAGAAAAGGUCUAUGUAAGCGACAGUCUCAGGACAGCGUCCCUGAAGAUGCCACGGUGAAUGUCCCCACCAAACCUGAACAGGUCAAGCUGAUGCCUCCUGCUCCCAGUGAUGACCUAGCGACUCUCAGUGAGCUGAAUGAUGGCAGCCUGCUUUAUGAAAUUCAGAAGCGCUUUGGGAACAAUCAGAUAUAUACUUUUAUUGGAGACAUCCUCUUGCUUGUUAACCCAUUCAAAGAGCUUCCAAUUUAUUCCACCAUGGUCUCCCAGCUUUAUCUCAGCAGCUCGGGGCAGCCCUGCUCCUCCCUGCCGCCCCACAUCUUCUCCUGUGCAGAGAGGGCCUUCCACCAGCUUUUCCAGGAGCAGCGGUCCCAGUGCUUCAUUCUCAGUGGAGAGAGAGGAUCGGGGAAGUCUGAAGCCAGCAAACAAAUAACGAGACACCUGAUGUGCAGAUCUGGCUUCAGCAGGCCUAUGUUUGAUUCCAAAUUUAAGCACGUCAUAUGCAUCUUGGAAGCCUUUGGGCACGCCAGGACAACUCUGAAUGACCUGUCCAGUUGUUUCAUAAAGUAUUUUGAACUACAAUUCUGCGAGAGGAAAAAACACCUAACGGGAGCCAGAAUUUAUACAUACAUGCUCGAGAAAUCCAGACUUGUUUCACAGCCUCUUGGCCAGAGCAAUUUUCUCAUUUUCUACUUGUUGAUGGAUGGGUUAUCUGCUGAAGAAAAAUACGGGCUUCACCUUAAUAAUUUAUGUGCACACCGGUAUUUGAACCAGUCCCUACCAGAAGACGUAUCAACAGCAGAGCAUUCUGUGAACAGGGAGAAAUUUGCUCUUUUGAAACAAGCCCUGAAUGUAGUUGGCUUCAGUAACAUGGAGGUAGAGAAUCUGUUUGUGAUCCUAGCAGCAAUUUUGCACAUUGGAGACAUUCGAUUCACUGCUCUGACCGAGGCCAACUCCGCGUUUGUCUCUGACCUCCAGCUUCUGGAACAAGUGGCUGGUUUGUUGCAAGUGUCACCUGAUGAAUUGGUAUCUGCUUUAACAACGGAUAUCCAGUAUUUUAAAGGAGACACCAUCAUUCGACGACACACAGUACAGAUGGCUGAAUUUUACCGAGAUCUCUUGGCCAAAUCCCUGUUCGGUCGUUUGUUUAGCUUUUUGGUGAAUACCAUGAACUGUUGCCUCCAGAGCCAAGAGGAGCACAGCAGCACACAGACGUUGGAUAUUGGAAUAUUGGACAUCUUUGGUUUUGAAGAAUUUCAAAAGAAUGAAUUUGAACAACUUUGUGUCAACAUGACCAAUGAGAAGAUGCACCACUAUAUCAAUGAAGUGCUUUUUCUACACGAGCAAACAGAAUGUGUACAAGAGGGAGUUGCCAUGGAAACAGCUUAUUCUCCUGGUAACCAGACUGGAGUUUUGGAUUUUUUUUUCCAGAAGCCAUCUGGAUUUCUCUCUUUAUUGGAUGAAGAAAGUCAAAUGAUGUGGUCGAUGGAACCAAAUCUUCCCAAGAAGCUACAAAGUCUCCUAGAAUCUUCAAACACAAAUGCAGUCUAUUCCCCCAUGAAGGAUGGGAACGGUAACGUUGCGCUCAAAGAUCGGGGUGCAGCGUUCAGAGUCACGCACUAUGCGGGAAGGGUAACGUAUGAAAUUGUCGGAGCAAUUGAAAAAAAUAAAGACUCCCUUUCACAGAAUCUUCUAUUUGUAAUGAAAACCAGUGAAAAUGUCGUGAUCAAUCACUUGUUCCAGUCGAAACUGUCACAGACAGGAUCCCUCGUAUCUUCCUAUCCUUCUUUUAAAUUCAGAGGACAUAAAUGUGCCCUGCUCAGUAAGAAGAUGACGGCUUCUUCAGUUAUUGGAGAAAACAGGAAUUAUCUAGAACUUAGUAAGUUAUUAAAAAAGAAAGGAACUUCUUCGUUUCUUCAAAGACUAGAAUGGGGAGGUCCAGUCACGAUUGCAUCACAACUCAGGAAAUCUCUAGCAGAUAUUAUCGGAAAACUUCAGAAGCGCACGCCCCACUUUGUUCAUUGCAUCAAGCCCAAUAACUCAAGGCUGCCAGAUACCUUUGAUAAUUUUUAUGUAUCUGCUCAACUACAAUAUAUCGGAGUCCUGGACAUGGUGAAGAUUAUCCGAUAUGGAUACCCUGUUCGCCUUUCCUUCUCGGAUUUCCUGUCAAGGUACAAGCCAUUGGCCGACACGCUCCCGGUCGAGAAGAAACAGCUGUCUGCCGAGGAGAAAUGUCGCCUUGUUCUCCAACAGUGUAAAUUGCAAGGCUGGCAGAUGGGAGUCCGAAAAGUGUUUCUAAAAUACUGGCACGCCGGCCAGCUCAAUGAUUUGUGCCUACAGCUGCAGAGGAAAAUUAUAACCUGCCAAAAAGUUAUAAGGGGAUUUCUAGCACGCCAGCACUUGCUUCAGAAAAGGAGCAUCAGACAGCGAGAGGUCACGUCCAUCAACAGCUUCCUGCAGAUCACAGAGGACAUGGGGUUGAAGACCUACGAUGCCCUGGUCAUUCAGAACGCUUCCGACAUUGCACGUGAAAAUGACCGGCUCCGGAACGAAAUGAAGGCUGCUCACCAUCAAGAGAAGGCAGAAGCCAGAAACAAGCCAGAGGAAGGAGCCAAAAGAGCCGAAGACAAGGGUGGACCCAGGCAUUUCCAGUACACCUCCAUCCCGGUACCCAUGGCGGUGGAUGGCCUGAUCCAGUCUCUGGCCGGCCCGUCCACCCGGUCUCCUUCCCUGCACUCGGUGUCCAGCCUGGAUGACAGCAGUGGCCUCCCGUCGCCGCGGAAACAGCCUCCACCCAAGCCAAAGAGGGACCCCACCACGCGGCUGAGCGCCUCCUACGAGGCCGUGAGCGCCUGCCUAUGGGCAGCAGCAAGGGAGUCAGCCAGUGAAGCUCUGACCCGGCCCAGGCCGCACAGCGACGACUACAGCACCAUGAAGAAGAUUCCUCCCCGCAAGCCCAAGCGCAGCCCCAACACCAAGCUCAGCGGCUCCUCCGAGGAGAUCGCGGGCGCGCGGCGCAGAGGCGGCCCGAGGUGCGCGCUCGGGGUCCCCGCGCCCCCCGCGCCCCCCGCGCGCGCCCCGCCGGAGCCCGACCCCGAGCCCGAGCCCGUGUACAUCGAGAUGCUGGGCCGCGCCGGCAGCCCUGAGCAGGCCGAGGCCGUGUACGAGGAGAUGAAGUACUUCGCGCCCCCCGAGGCGUCCGCGUCGCCCCCAGCUCUGCCCAGUGACAGUCGGAACCCCGUCCCCGGGGAAGAGGGCGACGGGGGCUGCCUGGCCGCCGGGUCCUGCAGAGACGCGUGCGACAUCCCGGCCCCUUUCCCCAACCUGCUCCCUCACCGCCCCCCGCUCCUGGUGUUCCCCCCGACCCCAGUCACCUGCUCCCCGGCGUCCGACGAGUCGCCCUUGACGCCGCUGGAGGUGAAGAAGCUGCCGGUGCUGGAGACCAACCUCAAGUACCCCGUGCAGGCCGAAGGCUCCAGCCCGCUGUCCCCGCAGCACGCCAGGAACCCCAAGAGCGACGGGGAUGGGCCCGCGUCCCCCGGCCCGCCCGCGACCGGCGGCUCGCCCCCCACGCCGCCGCCUCCCCCCGCGCCCCCGACCCCCCGGCCGCCCACGCACUUCGCCUUCCCCCCGGAGUCCGUGGGCGCCGCGGCCCGAGCGACAGCCGGCCCCGACGCGCCCAGGGCGCACCAGCCGCCCCACUCUGCGCCCGCGGGGGGUGCGUGCAGCUCUCUCCCCAAGGCCCCCUACUCCCCCGGGAGGGCCACCAGGCCCGAGCACCGCAAGGCCAGCGCCAGCCCGUCCUCCCCGGUGCCCUACAGCCCCCCGAACUGCAGAGCCCUCAGCAGCCCCCUGGACGAGCUGACCAGCCUCUUCAACUCCGGAAGGAGCUUGCUACGCAAGUCGGCGGCCGGGAGGAGAAUCAGGGACCCCGAAGGUUUUGAGACUAACAUGAACCUAACUGGCCGAGAUGAUCCUGGUAGAGCAGAAAUUGUAUCCGAGACUCAAGACAGAAAUGCAAAUAACCAUGGAAUUCAAUUAUCUAAUUCACUCUCAAGUGCUAUCACGGCUGAAAAUGGGAAUUCUGUCUCAAAUGGUUUACCUGAAGAAGAGGGGUUCCCCAGAUUUUCUGUGAGCACCUUCACGACCUCAUCGUUUCAGAGACAGAGAGAGACCCACACCACUCAGGUCAUCCAUCAGCUGAGGCUCUCGGAGAACGAAAGCGUGGCCCUGCAGGAGCUCCUGGACUGGAGGCGGAAGCUCUGCGAGGGGAGAGGAGACUGGCAGCACCUCCUGCAGCCCUCGGAGCCCAGGGCCCCGCCCCCUCCUCCCUGCAAGAAGCCCACGCUGGUGAAGAAGCCCGACGGGGCCUCCUGCGGCCGGCUGCCUUCCGAGCUGUGGGACUCCACCAUGUGAGAGCCGCACAGCAGGUGGACGCAGCGACAUUGCCCGGUGAUGGCCGCCGCCGAGGCUGCCCUGUCCCCGGUGCUUCCCGCGGCGUGGACGCAGAGCCACCCAGGACGCGCCAGCAGAGGCCACCAGGGCCCGCCUGUGCUUGUGCGCAUGCGCACACAUGCGUG